CUUGCUCCACCCUCUUCAGAGCUCUGCAGCCUGGCUGGCAGACGUCUUCAGAAAGCUUGGGCUGCUGGGCGAAGUAAAGGGCUGGCAGGGCGAUGGAGAGAAGUAUUUUUUUUGUUAUAGGCCACCCGUCAGUGUUAGGAGUAUAAUUGUAGUUUCUUACUUUUUUGUGCAUUAUUUACCACUAACAAAGGAACUGGUUUCGGUUUUUCCGUGACGGGACCCGUAGAACCAUGGCCGCUGGCGAAAUGCGGGUAUGCCACCGGGUCCCUGUUUGUUACAAACAGGACCAAGACGACGACUCGGAUGUCGAAGAAUCCAACCUGGGGCUCCGGAGAUCCGAUGGCCACGAGCCUCAAAUCAUCCACAGCGGCCACUUUAUGGUGUCCUCUCCUCAUAGCGAGCACCCUCCCAAAAAAGGCUACGACUUCGAUACAGUCAACAAGCAGACUUGUCAGACAUACUGUUUUGGAAAAGCGAGUUCCUCUCACCUCUCUAUAGACGCAUCCCUCACCAAGCUCUUCGAGUGCAUGACUUUGGCGUACAGUGGGAAGUUAGUGUCUCCAAAAUGGAAAAACUUCAAAGGGUUAAAGCUACUGUGGAGAGACAAAAUUCGACUCAACAACGCCAUCUGGAGGGCAUGGUACAUUCAAUAUGUAGAGAAAAGAGAAAACCCAGUCUGUCAUUUUGUUACUCCUUUGGAUGGGUCGAUAGAUGUGGAGGAGCAUCGCAGACCAGAGGCAAUAGCAACCGAGGGAAAGUAUUGGAAACGUAGAAUUGAAAUAGUUAUUCGAGAAUAUCAUAAGUGGCGGACUUAUUUCAAAAAAAGGUUACAGAAACACAAAGAUGAAGACCUGUCCAGCCUUGUCAAGGGCACUGGAGAGCAACUUUCCAUGUUUGACUGCUAUCCAGACCCCUUCUGUGUGCCCUUUUGUCAGGACGAUGAGGUGGCAGCUUGGCGGGCAGGCAGGAAGGGAUGGGAGACUCCAGUGCCCAUGGACCAGGACUCAAUGUUCGACAUAGACAUGUUGGUGUCAGAGAUCUCCGACACACUCUUCACAACGCGGACUUCCCAUCCAUCAGUUGCCUGGCCUAAUCCUAGAGAAAUUGCGUAUGCUGGAAAUGCAGAUAUGAUUCAACCGGGAUUAAUUCCUCUUCAGCCGAACUGUGAUUUCAUGGAUACCUUAGAAUUUCAAGAUUUUUUCCCUUUCAGUCGCCUAGCCCCAUUUCAGUCUGGCUCAUCUUCUGUCUCUUCAGUUCCUUUAGCAAACAAUGCUUCACCAACUCAGACAUCUAUCAUGAAUGUAAAUAUUUCCGAAGAAUUAAUCUCUUCUCCUGUGUCUGAUAAAGUGUCUGCUUCCAUCACAAACAAUGGCAUUGAUUCCACUUCUGGCGCAAUCUCAGCCUUUGGACAGUCUGCACCUUUUCAGUCGCCACCUUCUCUAUCUGCUCAAGAAACAUUUCUUACUGCGUUUCAUGAUUUGGUGGCUCCUGCUGUUUCUACAACCCCUGACCCUGCCUGCCACUCAUCUCAGCCUCUGACUCAAACUGUUGUGCCUCAGACAUCUGCUAAAGGAAGUGCUCAGGUUGCAUUUCACGGACCUGAAACAUCCAAGCCAAUGUUUGGUAGCUCUUUGCCAGCAUCUGUUAUUACGCACACUGCAUCUGCAACGCUUACCCAGAAUGUACCUGCAACAACAUUUAGUCCAAGUACAAAUCUCAUUUUAACUACAAAACUUCCAGGAGUCCCUUGUAAUACUACAGUACAGCCCAGAUUGCUUCAACCUUCAUACUUGACAAGUCAUCCUUUUGUUCUUCCAAAACCAGCAUCUUCAUUCUCAGGGAAAAAGCCAAGAAGUCAACACAACGUUACACUAGCUCCUAAACCUACAUUUCUAGCACAAGCAGCUUCUAUUUGUGGACAACCCAAUGCUGUUGCUGUUGCUCCAGCUCCUCUGAAAGUAAAACCUGUACCUUCACCAGGUGUGGUCAUUGCACCCACAGCCCUUGGAACGGUUUCACUUCUGACAGAGUUUCACAUUUUGCAUCAAGCACAAAGUCCAUCAUCUAUCAUUCACAAAAAAGAAGAGACCUCCUCAUUACAGAGUUGUACUCAUCAGGGUUCCACUCCAAGCAGAGAAAGUCACAAUUCAGGCCACGGAUCUUCAUGUACAUCAGAGCAAAGCCCAAAUCCACAGUCCCCACAGGACAGCUUCACCAACAAAAGUAAACCAGAUUCACAGAUGGUUGGCACAAAGAGUAAAAGAAUAACUCACAUUGCUGCAGAACAGAAAAGACGUUUCAACAUCAAAAGUGGCUUUAACACUUUAAAUAGUUUAAUUUCUCCUUUAAAAAGUCAACCCAGUUCAAAACCAAUUACUAUUGCUGCUAAUCUUCAGAAGACUGUAGAAUAUAUUAGCAAGCUCCAAGAAGAGAGGUUGCAAAUGCUUGAGGAAGCUAAACGUCUUAGGGAUGAAAUUGAGGAGCUAAGUGCCUCUAUCAACACUUGUCAGUUGCAAUUGCCUGCUACCGGAGUUCCUAUAAAGCAUGAACAGUUUGACCACAUGCAGGAAAUGUUUGAAGAAUAUGUGAAAAAACGAACCCUUCAGAACUGGAAAUUUUGGAUAUUUAGCAUCAUAAUCAAGCCACUGUUUGAAUCUUUUAAUGGAAUAGUUUCUACCAACAACAUGGAUGAUCUGUGCCGAUCGACAAGGACCUGGCUGGAUCAGCACUGUACCUUACCUGUUCUCCGACCACUUGUCUUAGGUGCUCUUCGUCAUCUCAGCAAAACUACGUCCAUCCUGUCAGAUCCCUCUGUUUUGCCUGAGCAAGCAACACAAGCCGUUAGCAGAAGAAGUGGAAAUUCAUAAUAUAAACUGAGAGUUUUUUUUAUGUACACAUAGGGAGAUUGAAAAUCUUGCCUUUACUAUUAUUAGGAGUUUCCUCUCUUAUUGGCUAUUUGCACUACUUAUUUCAGGUAAUUGCAUGAGCUGAGCUGGAUGUCUGGCUUUACCUUACUAAAGGAAACAUAUCAGUUUUUUUUUUUUCUUCUUCUUCCUUCCUCUGUUUUGACUGACAGGACAGUGCAGCUCGAUCUCAGGGCGAAACAAUCUUACUAUGGUGCAAUAUCUGUAGUGAAUUACCAUAUCUGGAAGCACAACAGAUAUGCUGGACUAUUUCUUUUUUUUUUUUUUUUAUAAAAGCCAGGAUAACAUGAAGAUAAUAACACAUUUGAUAUUGUUUUGCAGUUUGAAAAAGUAGAGCAUAUUACUACCGGUGUAAGUUGUACAUUUCUCUGAGAUCUGAGCAUAUAUACAGAUAAAAGUCAAAUUGAAAACCAAAGAAAAUGUUAUCGCAUUAAAUAUGUCUUCAGAUAUCAUAUUUGAGUCAUUUUGUGCCUGAUGCAUUUCUUUAAUACCUUAAUAGUUCUCACGCUACAUCUUUGUGUCAUCACACUAACGAAAAACUUUUUUUCCUGAUUAUUUUUCUUUGAUGGGAAAAUGAUUGAAAUGUUUUUCAUCACUUGUUCAUCUGGUGUUUUCCAGUUGCUCUGCAGUUUACUUUUAGACCAAGCAAUAGAUUUUUAAUAAUUAAAAAUAAAGAUCAAAAUCAUUAAAAAAAAAACCAAAGCACAAUUUACCUUAUUUUAAAGCACAUGCAUUCUAAGGAGGGCAUUUUGGCAAAAUAAUGUGCCCACCUUGCAUUUAGAAGGGCUACAGUAGGCUUACUGAGUAAAUACAGUAGUUGAUGGUGUAUUUGUUUGUUGGAGAAAAUUGUUUUUGUGUAAACCUUUAGUGUAUUUGCAUAAAUGCAUUUUUGAAUAGCUAAGUUUAUAACGGCUCUGCUUGGUACAUAUUUUUGAAAAACAAUUUUGUAAUAUGAAGUAACAAUUUGUUACAUUUAGAAGAUAUUGCAGCUCUACUUUUCUAUUUUUAAGUCUCCAGAGGUUCAUUGUAUUAAUAGAAACAAACAGAUCUUGAAUUCAGAAUUCUGAUGUAUUUUAGUUAUCUUCAAUGCUGUUUAAAAUCAUGUGAUAUAAUUAAAAUAAAAAAAAGUUAAUCAUUUGUUUAAAUGUGCAUCAGAUAGCAGUUAACUGUAAUUUCAGGUUUCUUUUAUAUGCAUGUUCGUGUUUUCGUUGUCAAGUUCUGUUAAUCAUGCAUCAGAAUCAGUCAUACUUGUCCUGUUAGUGCAAGGCUAAGGACAGGCAGGAGAAUUUUUAUACGCGCAAUAAGUUUGUAAGCGAAAACAACGCACAUAGACCUUAAAGAAGACACUGAAGGAUAUGCAAUGCAUGAAGCUUUCACAGAUCUUUGUAGAUGGGCAGGGUAUAAUUUUGUCUUUGCAUAUUAUUUUCUUGACUGUUUUCCAGAAAGGGAAUAGAUUAGUUAUGUGCAAGUUAUUCAUAUUCUGCAAAUAUUGCUGCCUUAAAAUGUAUUGGUCUGUACACUAUACUGUGAAAUAUGUCAGAAUUAUUAUUUAAUGCUUUUUAUUUUUGAUAUUACAGGAGUUAGCAUAGAUAACAUCUAAAACAAAUACCUGAUUUGAGUGCUCAGGGAAAUGUAGCCUUGUGCAUUUUUCUUAAAUUCUGUUUUAAAUGAAUGAACUUUUCUUGCUGCAUGUCAUUUCUUUUUCUUCUUAGAAAUUUACUCUUGAUUAGUAUUUUAGCUGCACAAAAGAAGUUGUAGAUUCUAGUGUUCAUAUUCAAUCAUAUAACAUGUUGGUGGUUUUUCCUCUUUGUCCUUUUGGAUACAAUUUUCUUAAUGUUUAAGUUAAUUUUAAGAUGGACAGUUUAAUUAUGCUGUUACCAAUAGAGCCUGUAAAUAGAUGUGGCUUUAUUUGUCUCCUGUUUAGAUUAGAUGUUAAAUUUACAAAAACCCUGGGGUUACCUUUUUUAUGUUGCCUAGAAUGUUAUAAUUGAAUAUUGCUUUUAAUUCAAAAAGGCUGAUUAUACCUGAGGUAUGAUUUAUCCUUCUCAAUGUAUUUGAUAGUAAUACAGCUGAAUACAAAAUGGUUUGAGAAACAGAUUGUAAAAUAUUUUAAAUGUUUUUCAAAUAGUGGUCAUUUAUUUAUCCUCAAUUUUGAGCCUUUAGGUCUUUAGCAAACAACAAAUGUGUCAUUGUGAAAUUAGUCUUUCUUUUCAUCAACAUGUUUUUGUUCCAAAUUAUGUUUUUGGAUUCAUCCAGUGUUAAAAUUAGUUUAAAAAAAAAAAAGUACAGUAGUAUAAAUUGACAAUAACAUUUUUUUUGUUCCGGGUGGGAGGGUCUUUAUUAUCUUAUUAACUGUUUUUAUAGAAAUUGCCUUUUGAUAAGCUAAUAAAAUAAAGAUGCCAGUGUAAGACUGAAAGAAAGAUUUGCCAAUAAAUUGGCUGUUUGAAUUUAUUUUACACUUGGAAACCACCUGCUGUAUUAUUUGUUUCUUUUGGAAUGGAUGCAAAAAGUAUGCAUUCUUUGAAAAAGAAUACUAAUGUGUAACUCCUUUUUAAUGUAGAUUGUUCAGUAUUAUCCCUUAGCCAAGCAACUUGUGUUCCUGUGUUGUUUAGUGUACUCAGAAUGCAAGUUAUUUGGUGUACAAUAUCUUCAUUAGAAGAAUGUAAGUGUAAAAUGUUACAAAAUGUACAUUUCUUCUUUUGUCAGUCUUGGGUUUUUGAAUUUUUGAGAUGGUGGAGGUUGAGUUAUGAACCUAUUUGACUAAAAUAUGUUUUUCAUGUAAAAACUGUAUGAAAUUAUGAUCAUUCUCUUGGAUUUUAAAAUGUAAAUAUUUUUUCCUAAUAAGUAAACCACAUUUUGUUUUUACCAA